AUGACCAGAAUCCCGGUCCUAAGCAAAGGACUGAAGCGCCUGCCCGAGCCUCGCCAGCUGGAGCCCGGCGAAAUCGUCAUCACUCGCUUCAAAAAUUCUCUGCGCAAAUACAAAAGCGAUCUAUGGGUUGGAGUUGUGAUCCCGCGAGAUUUCGGCCCUUCUCGUCAUCUCAACCGGCGCCCGUCCACAGCACAACCGAUUGAUGAUGGCCCGUGGCUAGCUCACCUAAAAGACCGCAUGUACCCUCUCUAUCUUCCUGGGCUCAACAUGUACCGCUACUCCGGACUCGAAGAUAUCUUUGUCUUGGAGGAUCAGACCCCAAAUAUCUUCAAGAAAGCCAAACGAGAAGGCGAAGCAAAGGUUUGGGGUGAGCUUAUGCACAUCAUCAAGUUCGCGCCUAACCUUGACUGGUGGCUUGACAUGGCUCAACAAGAGCUGGGAAGCAAAGGAAAACGAGGCCGUGAAUUGCGCAUUGUCCUCCCUUGUGGUUCUGAGCACUUUCUAGAUGACUACUAUGUUUAUCACGACGACGACCAGGGUUCCGAUGAUGAAACGCGGACUGAGAACGGAACUUCAUCUCAUGAGUCUACGGACGUUCAUCUUCCUAACGAGUCAGACGAGGCGCUCUCCCAUGUUGAACAGCCCGACAUAUCAUUCGAGUUUCAAGCCGCCGAUGAUAUGUCUACAACUUCCAAUGCCAUAACUCGCCAGUGUUCCAACGCUUCGGAUCCUUUCCUCAGCACUCAUGAGUCAUUUGCCUUCAACGAAAGCUCUUGUUUCCCCAGCCAAGUAAGUUCUCUUCGUGGUCUCUCGACAAGUGCUACUCCCCUAGUCCCUGGCUCUCAUCUGUUCCAGCCGUUUCGUUUCAUGAACCGUGGCAUGGCUCAAUCAUUCAGUCGCAAGCAGUCUCCGGAGGUCGAUGAGAGUGUAACGAAAAAGGAGGACACGGAAAAAUCUUUUCCGGGCUUUGAUUUGACUAAUAGAGAUACACCUGCUUCCGUUCCUGUCCAAGGCGAUACCCCGGGAAAUGGCAACAGAGCCUUCGACAUGUCAGUACGCAAGGCUUUUCAACAAGUGUUCCUCAACACUGCGGAGUCCAGCACACUCCUCGGCGCAUUUCAUGGCAUCGUCCAAAUACAACACACGAUUGAAUUUCAAAAAAUCCAAUCGUUCCUUCGGGAUCGCGAAUUCUGUCCCAGGCUCAUUCAAUUUCACAAUCCCUCGUCCACGUCCGAGUCAGCAAUCUCACACCAGAUCGGUGACCUAUUCGGUAUUGGCCGAAUCUAUCGCCUAGACGGCAUGGAUAAUCCCAAGGAUCUUGUAAUAAUGAUUCUCGAUCUGGGAAAACUUUACGAACAAGCUCGGUGCUUUGAGCUUGCUGACCUGAUUCACCUAAUUGCUAUGAAGCUUCAAGUUGCGUGGAACUCCUACCCAAGUCUCGUGCAUCUCAAAGCCUUGCUCAAGAUUGUUCCUCUCGUAUUUGCCAACAGCUACGACGAGAGCACCCUCGAUAUCCUUCAGAAGUGGAUGUUGCAUUUCUUUGCCGAAAGCUAUGACCUGUUUGCCUACGACUGCUCGGAUGCGUUCUGGUCGACAAUGCGCGCUAAUUCUGGCCUCCAAGAUGCCGUCAACGGAAUACGAAGCAAGCUUGUUUCUGGGAACCCAGAGCUGUAUUCUGAUCCGUUGGCCCUCAUCAGGAGCCGCGGAAUCACAGUGUUGUGA